UGCCUAAGAAACCCACGGAGCCUCUGCUUCCGGCGCCAUGGACGAGUCUCCGUUGGCAGUGCCGUACACCCCUCAGCCUUGCUCGAGGACGGUGUCGAGAUGGAGCUUUAAAAGCAGCGCCGCGGUGAUCAGCCCCCCGAACAACCAACUUCGACCGCCGUAUCCUCACCUCCUGCGGAGCUAUUUGCGGCCAGGCGAUGCCUCAAGCCGUUCUUGCUCACCCGCCACGACCGUCCACAGGGAAUACUUGGACCGCGGCGAUAGCGAUAGCAUCAUGGGCGAAGUCCAGGAUCGCAUUCGCGAGAUGGAAGCUCGCAUGAACGCGUUGGAGGCGGAUGAGAGCGUGAUGUUGAGCCAGCUCACAGCCCACUCAGGUGCCACCGGGCGCUCUGGCUGGACCGGCGACAGCACCCGAGGCGACGAGUUGAGGGCCAGGAAGAAGCGCUGCCGUAGAGUGCCGUUUCGGCCUGCUGUGAUCAUGACGGUGGCCCUGGGCGCGCUCUUGGCCUGCGUGCUGAUGUUCUUGCCACUCUUUGAGUUCACCACCCAGCUGCAGACCAAAACCGGAGAGAGCUAUCAGCGGUCCAUCGACCGGCAGUUUCAGCUGAUCGAGGCGCUGACCGGGCACAUGGCAGUGCAAUUGCACCGCAAUAUCCUGGAGAGGAUCAGCGGCAUGCUGUGGGAUACCGUCUUGGAGCCGCCAAAUCGCGCCAUCGACGCGAUGUGGGGCACCAUGCAGACAAUGCAUGCCUUCGAUCCUUCGUGGAAUGGCACCACUGCAACGCAACGAGCUGCCAUAUCCCAUCGAGCUCUGCUGGAGUUGAAGGAACAGCAGUCUCCAGAGUGCUUCUGGUCCAGAAGCGGUGCGGCUGACUUCAUCUACGUGGGUUUUGAGAGCGGCGAAUUUGCCGGCUCGACCUAUAGAUGUGUCGACCGCAACUGCUCUGAUGUGGCGGCGAGUUGGUGGGACUGCGAAGGCUCCCCGGAGGUGGAGCAACGCUUCCGGGAGAUGAACGUCACACACUGGGACCCGAACUGCGGAGAGAGCUUCCCCACGCAGCGGCCCUGGUUCAAACUGCAGUCUGCCAUGGCGGAGCUCGGGGGGCCUUUGAAGCGCCUGUGGUCGGGACUCUACCUCUUCGUGGAUGGCAACAUCGGCUUCACCAAAACUAGCCCUGUGGCCUACUGUGGGGACUACUCUUGCUUUCAGGGAGUGGUCAGCGCCGACAUCACGCUGCCCGUGGUCAGCCGAGGCUGCAGCGAGGCCUUUGAUCGCCUGAAGAAGGAGCUGAAUGCCACAGCCUACAGCUUCCCCAUCAACCGCAGCAACGCCGCAGUCUUCGUGGUGAGCCAUGUCAGUCGAGGCGGGCAGGAGGGGCUGCUGGUGGGCAGCUCGGGCUCCAACAGCCGCGACAUCGUGCUGGCCUCCGAGUCCCCCGAGGCGCUGGUGCACAGCACCGCGGAAGCCCUGCUGGGCCGCUUCGGGCGCUGGGAUGCUGAGGCCCUCAAGGAGCAGCAGCUUUUCCGGUACCGCCUUGGGGAGGAGAACCUCACAGAGGACUGCGGCUCCAGUUUCUCCGACAUCACCGGGCCCAACUGCCUCCAGGUUGGGACUCUCUCCGUGCAGCUGGACGAGGUGGACCGGUGGCUGGUGGUGAUCGUGUCGCCCGCGCUGGCCUUCUACUCGAUGGCAAAGACGAUCGAGUCACACGUGCUCGAAGAGUUCGAGGUCAUGGACGCGAACAUGGACAUGAUGGGGGUGACCAUUUUGCAGAGCGCCGGCUUCGCGUUUCUGGUGACCACGGUGCUCACCAUGGGCCUCGGGGUUUGCCUCGGCACCGCGGUGUCCUCUCCCCUGCGGGAGCUCACGGGCUUGCUGCGGCGCCUUGGGGAUCUCGACUUCAGCACCUGCCUGCAGGCACGUGCCCCCAGUAGCAUCCACGACAUUUGUGAGGUGCAGGAUGCGUUUUGCCGCCUGUCCAAGGGCCUUGAGACCUUCGCGCGCUUCGUGCCGGAGGCCGUGGUGCGGAACAUCAUCAAAGGUGAUUGCCGCGCUUCUAGGCUUCAUGUGACAAAGAGAGAAGUGAGCAUCAUGUUCUCUGACAUCAAGGACUUCACCAGUUUGUCGGAGUCCCUGAAGCAGAACGACUUGAUCUUCCUCCUCACGCGGUACUUGUCCAUCAUGUCACGGAUCGUCGAGACCUUCGGAGGCGUUGUGGCAGAGAUCCUGGGUGACGGGCUCCUGGUCUAUUGGAACACUCCCCUGGACGUGGAGGACCACCCAAUCAAGGCCUGCGCUGCUGCCGUUGCCAUGCAGCAGGCCUUGGGGCCUUUGAACCUGGAGAUGUCGGAGUGCAGCCUGCCCUCCCUCUCGGUCCGCAUCGGGAUCAACAGCGGGCAGGUCCUCUCAGGAACCUUUGGCAGUGACAAGAAGAUGAAGUUCGGCUGCAUGGGGGACCCCGUGAAUCUCGCGAGCCGGCUGGAGGGCCUUUGCAAGGUCUACGGCGUGGGGAUCAUUUGCGCAGGGCCGACCCAUGAUUGGAUCGCGGACGCGGGGGGCUUCAUCUGCCGCAAGCUGGACUUGGUCCAGGUGAAGGGCCGUCAGGAGGCCGUCACCGUCUACGAGAUCAUGGGCUGCGACUUCAACAACGUAGGCGCCGAGCCCAUCUCCGAGAGCGUGGAGAUGUCCCUCGAGUCUUCGCCCAGGAGGCGAGGCGACGAGGUGUGCAAGACCAACAGCAGGGAUAGCAAAGGCACUGCAGGGAGCAGGCUCUCGCAGGUGUCGAAGCCCUCGCGGGUCUCGGAGCUCCUGAAGUCCCCGUCCCAAGCGGCGCUCGACGCCCUGGAAGAGUCCAGGCAGUCGCUGACGCAGCUCGACGGCUUCAAUUGGCAGCAGGUGUUGGAGCACAAGCAAGACCGCACCGCUGCGCGAAAGAUGAGAUUGGGAUCAAGCAACCCCACCUCUCCUGUGCCGGUGCAGAGCUCGGGCUUCGUAAGCUCACUGGUGACUCCCGAUGUGGACAAGUUGCAGGAGCUUGCGAGGCGCUAUGAGAUGGCGUUAGGUGCUUACCAGGGCGCUCGCUUCGAGGAGGCCUUUGACCUUGCAGAGGUGCUCCUGGUGGACUUUUCGGAGGACCAGGCCACCCAGCGGCUCUCCAACAUAGCAUACGCGAAGCUGCCGGAGGUUGCCAAAACAUCGAGUUCCAAGGGGCCGUGGAAUGCGGUGACCGUCAUGGUGGACAAGGAGUAGGUCUUCUAGGUGCAUGACUAGCGAAGCGGCCGGUCGGGCCAUUCCGUUUGAGCUCCCACGCCGCUACUUUGCCGGUGCGUUUCAUGCAUGCCGAAAAAGAACGCCCGGUGAUUGACAACCUUCCCACCUGUUUCCAC